AGCACCCCCCUCCCCGCAGCCGCCGCCGCCGCCGCCGCGCGUGAAUGAAAGUUGGCUCCGAUCACUGCGCAGGGGACUCUGACCAUCAUGUUAAGGUGAAGCCUCGAAGCUCUGUGCUGAACAUGCUUAAAAGGUUCGACAAAAUCAGGUUCAGAGGUCACAAGAGAGAUGAGUUCCUCGAUUUAGCCGAGUCACCCAAUGCAUCCGACACAGAGUGUGGCGAUGAGAUCCCCGUGAAGAUCCCUCGGACGUCAGCCCGAGACAGCGAGGAGCUGCGAGACCCUGCUGGCCCGGGCACUCUCAUCAUGGCUGCUGGGGUCCAGGAUUAUAACCGGACAGAAUUUGAUCGACUAAAUGAAAUCAAAGGGCACCUGGAAAUUGCCUUACUGGAAAAACACUUCUUGCAAGAGGAGCUGCGGAAGUUGAGGGAGGAGACCAACGCCGAGAUGCUGAAGCAGGAGCUGGAGAAGGAGCGACAGCGUCGACUAGAGCUGGAGCAGAAGUUCCAGGAGAUCCUGAAAACCAGGGCCGAGGAGCCACCCCCCCAGCAGCCUCCCAAGGGACAGGCGGCGGCGACAACACAAGCCAACCACGGCUCAGAUAAACGCAGCCACACGAUGUGCUCUCGAGUUCAGAAGUGGUUCUAUGAUAGAUUUGGGGAAUACGUGGAAGAUUUCCGGUUUCAGCCUGAAGAAAGCACAGUGGAGACCGAGGAGCCUCUGAGUGCCCGGAGGUUAACUGAAAACAUGAGGAGGCUGAAACGUGGUGCCAAGCCUGUCACAAGCUUUGUGAAGAAUCUCUCUGCCUUAUCUGAUUGGUAUUCUGUGUACACCUCUGCCAUUGCCUUCAUCGUCUACAUGAAUGCCGUGUGGCAUGGCUGGGCCAUCCCCAUGUUCUUGUUUUUAGCCAUCCUGAGGCUGUCACUCAAUUACCUCAUCGCCAGGGGCUGGCGGAUCCAGUGGAGCAUUGUGCCUGAAGUCUCCGAGGUUGUGGAGCCUCCAAAGGAAGACUUGACAGUAUCAGAAAAGUUUCAGCUUGUGCUGGAUGUGGCCCAGAAGGCCCAGAAUCUGUUUGGGAAGAUGGCGGACAUCUUGGAGAAGAUUAAGAACUUGUUCAUGUGGGUCCAGCCCGAGAUCACCCAGAAGCUCUACAUCGCACUCUGGGCAGCGUUUCUUGCCUCCUGCUUCUUCCCCUACAGGAUUGUGGGGCUCAUGAUGGGCCUCUAUGCUGGCAUCAAGUUUUUCCUCAUCGACUUUAUCUUCAAACGCUGCCCCCGUCUCCGAGCCAAGUACGACACCCCCUACAUCAUCUGGACCAACCUGCCCACAGAUCCCCAGCUCAAGGAGCGCUCGGCUGCCACCGUGACCAGGAGGCUCCAGACCACGUCCUCCAGGAGCUACGUGGGUGCCAGCACUCCAGCUGGUGUGAGCAGAGAUGAAGACACUGGGCGCUUUCAUGGCACUAAAAAGGGAAACUUCCAUGAAAUCUUUAACUUGACAGAAAACGAGCGGCCACUGGCAGUGUGUGAGAAUGGCUGGCGAUGCUGCCUGAUCAACAGAGAUCGGAAGAUGCCAACAGACUACAUCCGGAAUGGGGUCCUCUACGUGACAGAGAAUUAUUUAUGCUUUGAGAGCUCCAAGUCUGGCUCCUCCAAGAGGAACAAGGUCAUCAAGCUAAUGGACAUCACAGAUAUUCAAAAGUACAAAGUCCUCUCUGUCCUCCCGGGAUCGGGCAUGGGGAUUGCAGUAUCGACGCCAUCCACCCAGAAGCCUCUUGUGUUUGGUGCCAUGGUCCACAGGGAUGAAGCGUUCGAGACCAUCUUCAGCCAGUACGUGAAGAUCACGUCAGCAGCAGCGUCCAGCAGUGACAGCUAGUAGUGACCCCCGGGCCGCCGGGACCUUCUCUCUUUUCUAAACGACUCUGGCAGUGAAAACAAUCGGUCAUCUCAUGAUCUCCUUGGCAAUAACACACCUGGUCCCGUGGGUUGGGUUCCACAUCCCAACCCUCUUUCCUCUAGGCCUCCAUGUUUGCUGCGGUGAUUCUUUGAGAGGCAGUGAAGGCACGUUGGCCACACCCUUGGACAGUGAACACUCUUCAUGUUUACUCAUGGGAUGUGAAAAGGCAGGGAGGUCCCUGGUGGCCCACUCGGGGUGGAUGGGGCAAGGGGGUCGCCGGUGCCCGCUCGGGAUGAAUGGGACAGGAAAGUUGCCAGCGCCCACUUGGGAUGAACAGAGCAGGAAGGUCGCCGGCGCCCACUCAGGAUGAAUGGGGCAUGUUGUCUCAGUCACCGCACGUGGCUCCAUCAGGUCCCACUUGCACAGAGCAGCUGGAGGCCUGAUGGCCCGGUCCUCUGCUCGCCUUGGCUGGCUCCCGGCCCAUGGGGCCCUCAGGAGCUGGUGUCUGUGAUGCUGAAAGGCCCCUUCCACUGGUUCAGGGCAUAACCAUGGAAUACAGAUCCUUUUUGGUUCUCCUUCACUGAGGUCGAUGGAGGAGAAGAUGUGGGUGAGGGAUGAGUCUGAAAUGCCACUUGAGGGUCUCCUCCCACUCCUUGGCUUUGGGGUUACGUGUGGAUCCGGUCCAGGAGACACAGAAGCAUUUCCUCCUGACUUAGUUGCAGCUGCUGCCUCCUUCUGUGCUGGGGUGCCUUGAAGGGGCAUUUCGUGGAAGGCCCUGCAGGGGUGUGACCCCUGAAAAGCGCCCCCUUCUCUGGCCUCUCCUUGCUUCCCCCUCCCCCUUACCCCAGCUCCAUGUUGGCCUUCUCUUCAGUGCCUGUGCUGGGGCUCGCCCCAGGAAGCCUGGCUUGAGGGCUGGGCCGAUGGAAUUUGCCCAAGUCAGGACUGGGAAUCGUCCCAGUGCCCCAGCCCACCUCUGUCAGCCCCCAUCAGAAGAUGCCACAGAGGGGCGGAGGGGCCUUCUGGGCUCCUUGGUUCCUAUGGCAACACUGAAAGUGCUGGGUAGUUAGUAUAGGGUAGUUAAAAUUAGUCUGACAACAGCUUGAUCAGCAAGCUGGGGUGGCCGAGCUCUUCGGGGUUCUCUAGACACACUCACUGGCAAACCCAUCAUGCCAGUCCAUGCCCCCAGGGCACACCUGCUUUUGGAGUGUGGUGGCAUUGGGCAGAGCCCUCUCACUUUGACAGUGUUCCUAGGUCAUGUUUGCAGUGUUUGACUAGUAUGUGAUUAGGCCCAGGGACCCGAUAGAGCCGGCGUCCCCUUGACCUGCCCCCCCACCUCCUCUUGGUCCCUCUUCCCCAUGCACAUUCAAGUGCUGUGUUUGUCCACACAGCACAAGAAAGUAGGGGUGGAGAGAAGCUCAGAGGACCAGGACACACCUUUAGUCGGUGAAGACCUCGGCCAAGAGUUGGGUCUGGCUGGUGGGAAGCUUCUCCCUCGGUAGGAGCAGUCCUGGCCAGUGUGAAUGGUUUAGAACACAAGGACGUGAGCCAGUGUGCUCCGGGCGAGGAGGAUGCAUGAAACGUUGCUCUGAAGUCGCCUUCUUGGCCUUCCACGUCAGGGGGAGUCUCAGGAAGCAGCGACAGACCAAGAAACACGCCACCUUCACGUCCCACCAAGGCUCCGGCCCCAACCCCAGCCCAUCCAGCUCGCCCUGGGUCCCCUGGAUGUUUGUGAGAGUUGUCUUUUGAAGAAACAGAUUCUAUUUUUUACAGAGAGCAAGCUGCUUUUUCUUAUUUUUGUAUCAUUUUCAGAUGGCAUUUUUAUCUUUGCUCUGAUCAGCAUUUGCUGGUUUGGAGAAGGAAUCGGAAAGCAGCCCUCCUUACCUCCCUUUCCCAGCCCCACUGAUCCUCUGUGGUGUUGCCAUCUCCUCUGGGGAUUCGGAAAGGGAAAGAAGCUUUGAGUCUGGUUCAUUUUGCACCCAGAGCCAGCCCAGGUGGUACGGGGCACCUGGGCUCCCCCAGGCUUGGCUGGUUACUGGAUUAGGGGAACAAGCACUCGUCCACAGAACAGGGCUCCUUGGCACUGCCCGAUGAUGUGCCAGCCAGAAACGCCCACGACCACUAGUGACCGGUGACCUAGACUUACCCACAGUCCAUCAGCACCGGGGGCUGGAUUUCUUAGGGGCCUCACCACAGCUGGCACUCAUUCCUCUGGUCUUCUUUUUCAAAGGCCUCCCCAUCCUUGGGGCUAAGAAUCCCAGUUGUGCUUCUCGCUGGCCUUAGGACCUGCGGUGAAUCCCUUGUCUUCUCUCGAUGCUCUUCUGGCCUCAACCUGACCCUCGCUGCAAAGACGUGCCUGGAAGCAGAAGGACUUCAGAUGUUGGGGGGGGGGGUUCCUGUGGCUAAGACACCAGCACGUGACCACUCCAGAUCUUUUCCUGCUGGCUUUGGUAGGGUAUUGUCAGGAAAUAGUGGGGGACCUCAGGCCCCAACAGCCAGAGACGGACGUGACCAUUGGCUGUGGUAUUUGCUGCUGUCCAACCUCAUAAAGCCCAGGCCUGGUGGGGCCGGCUGCUGAGACAUUCCCGGCAGCGUUGGAUUCUGCUUCUUUAAGAGAAGUGGGGUGGUUGAGUUGGAAUUCCUUCUAAGGAGCAAGGGAGAUGAAAACUGACCACGCUGAUGCCCGGUGGAUUGGCUUUGAUAUUCAAUGCCCAUGAAGCUGCGGUCUCUUCCCUCCUCUUCUGUUUCUGCCCCGCUGGGAGGGGAGCCAUUUGCCUCUCCAGGGCCCCGGCCGCACAAUUAGCCAGCAGCCAAACCUACUGUCCACGUCCGUGAAGACCAUGAGCAAAAGAUGAGGCAUGGACUCCUCCUGGCAUCUCAUCGCUCUUGCCGACUCGGUGAGCCGGGGCAGGCGCCUGGUGUCUGUGGCUCAUCCCUGAGGCCGAGUCGGCCGCUCACGUUUCACAGCUGAAGUCGGAGUCGAUUCUGAACCUGUAAAUAAUCGUUCCUGAAGUCGCUUUGUUCAACGAAGCAAUUGUAUGAAGAACUGAUGGAAACGAAAUUGCCCUGUGACAUUUUUUAAGAAAACCUUGUUUGUUUAAAGAAAAAGUCUUGUAUAAAUUAUAAUUUUUAUUUAAAUAAACUUAAAAUGCUUUGUGCUAACAA